GUGCCGCGGCGCCUUCCUGGCGUCCUGCUCGCCCGGCGCCCACCCCGUGGAUACCGCUGCGGCCGCGGGCGAGGGCGAGCGGCAGCCGCGGGAGUGCCGCGGGCUGAAGGACUUCCUGCACGGCCCCGAGGCCGAGUGGCCGGCGCGUGCGCGGAACCCCCGCGGAGCGCUGCACAGGUUCCUGAAGGAGGCCCGCCGCGUGGGCGUCAAGCGGUGGCAGCCAGGGCGAGGAGCCGCCGAGAAGGGCGAGAAGGGCCCCCACGGCGUGCGCUGCUACCGCAACACCUGCUGGCUGGCCGAGCAGAUGCGUUGCUACCCCUGCGAGAACGACCGCAUCGCCAGGGACGUGAUGGUGUUGCUGCUGAAGCUCGCCGGCGAGCUGUCCGAGACGAGAG